AGUGUGUUUAGCCAUUAAAAAACGCACAACGCGCCGUGUCGAGCGUUUUAAGUUUCGCGUCAAGCAACAUAAUACUUUUUGAAAGUAAAUAUCUAAAAUGUUAGCUCAACGUUUUCAACCAGAUCGUUCGGAUGAGCGACAUUUUAUGAGCGUAUAGAACUCAAUUUCCCAGAAUGCAACGCGCGGAUUUGAAGGUCACGCAGCUCUCGUUCGUUCAUGCACACCGAUUUAUUUCUGCAAGACGUAGAAGUUGUUUUUAACAUUUAAUCUGUAAGGUUUAUGGUGCUAAAUCGUGCGAAGUGUUAUUUAUUACAAAUAGUAAUACUGUUAAAAACAUAAUAAUAAGAAGAAGAAGAAGAAGAAUAAGCGCUGUAUUUCUAGUUGGCGUUUCUUCGGAUCCAACAUGGCUGAGAAUGAAGAGUUCACGGACAUCAGAGGGAAGCCCAUUAAAUUAUCCUGCCAGGAUUAUUCUCCUUUCUGCAGAGAGUUCACCGUCAGCUCUGCUAAACUGUCUCUGGUCAGGGUGAUGGUGUUCACCUGCAUCGUCUGGCUGCUCGCUUAUGCUGCCUUUUACCUCACACAGAACACGGCAGUUCUGUCCAGCGCUAUCUUCGUGACUUUAUGUGGAAUGCUGCUCCACGUUCACUUCAUGAAGGUGGACCACGAGACGCUGCUGGUCGUCGGUUCGCUCGGAGUCCAGCUGUCCUCCACUUACGCCUCGGGCCGCGAGAGCACCAGCUUCAUCGAGAUGAGCAGGAUAAAGGACAUCGUCAUUAACGAGGCCAUCUACAUGCAAACGAUCAUCUACUACCUCUGCAUUCUGCUGAAGGAUCCUGCCGAGCCUGAGGGAGUCGGCAGCGUCGUCCCGCUUUUCCAGAGCUCCAAGCCGAGGCUGAACUGCCUGGUGCGUGUGUACAAGAGCUGUCAGGAGAUCCUCGGACAGACGGAGAGAUCGUGAUGACGGACAGAAACCUUCGACACAAAUCCCCGUCAGAGUCUUCCACAUGAGCCGUGACGCUUCACCAUAAAAAAAAUCAUCAGUGUUUUUCCACUCCAUGAGGCUAUAUUUACUGGUCAGAAGGUGUUAAGAAACAGGUUUAUAUUAAAAACCUUACCGUUUCCAUAGCAACGGGGACUAGUACGGCGGACGCUCCACACAUACGGGUCGGUUAAAAUGUGAAGGUUUUUUUGUUUUUGUUUUUUUUUUAUAUGGAAGGAGUCUCCAGUGUCAGAGGGAGAGCUGCUGUAACUUGAAGUUUUGCAGAUGUUCCACAUCAUUAAAUGUAACUCUAAACUGAUAAAAAUGACCUUUUAAUAAAUAAAACAUUGUCAUCUUCAGUUAUGUUGAUGCCUCGAAAGAGAAAUAAAACACCUGGGGGACGUCCUGUUAUUGGAAAAUAAUCAACUGCUUAUACAGUUAGAAUAUAAUCCGUGAUUAAUUCUAAUUUUUUUUUACAUUUCAGGCUGGGUUUAUAGAAAAGAGCAAAAGUUUGUGCACCCUCUCCAUUUCAUUUUAUAGACAAAUUAAUUUUAUAGUAAAAUCAUGAUGAAAAUCUAAAUGUGUUAAAUUUGAACUUUUUUAAGUUUCCUGAUGUUUAGUUCAGAGCUCUGUGUGAAUUUCCUCCAUGUUUGUCAUGUCGUUUUAUUCUUUUCUUAAAGAGUGUGAGGGUUUUUUUGUUCUGUUUUCCUCUCUAAACACUCGUCUUCUCCUGCGUUGUGAAAAAGUCAACAUUUUUUCGCUUCAGGUUGUGUGACAGCUGUUGUCCUAAAUUCUUAACUCGCUGCAAACCCACUCGAGACUUUCAGCCUCUUUAUCUUUUCUAGCUUAAAGUCUUAGUGUUUUGUUUUCAAAUCAUUAAACACCUCAGCAGGGAUUAUUUCAGUAGGUUAACUCCAUCCCGUCGGCCAGCGUGCUAGCGUUUGAGCUUUGCUGAAUAAAAGAACAAUAUUUAGCCUACGUGUUCAGACAUGAGUUUUUAAUCAGAAAACACUAUUUUAUAUUUUAUUUUAUUUUUUUAUAUAUAUUUAAAUUUGUAUUUUAGAGCUAUAGUGUAAAUUUUUUCAUUCAGAAACCAAGAGGGUGUCUAUAUUUUUUUCCUGACUUUAACAACUGCUAAAAAUCUGUUGUGUUAGGUACCCGAUGAUGAAGAUCUAUUUAUUAACGUGAUUAAUUUAUUAGUUGUGGUUUUUAAAUGAUGGUUAGAAAAUAAUUUCAGCUCCGCUGUGAUUUUAAUACUGGAGAUUUUUUGUACUGAAAAAAAAAAGAAAGUUACAGCUUCUAGAUUAUGAAGAUGUAUUUCUUUUCAUAAUAAUGUUGUGUAUUUUUUAACUGAAGUAAAUUUUUCAAUAAAAAUGUUUUUUUUUUCCCUCA